CAAACGACGUUGGUCACGUGACUACUAUCGACAUUGGGAAAAGUUUGUAGCCACGAGGUUUUGAUUUCGAUCAAAUUUCAUUUUCCGGCUGAAAUAAGUUUUUCAUUUGGGUUAUAAUUUAAAAUGCCCUCAAGUAACCCCUUGCCUCCGAAGGAAAAUGCGUUAUUCAAACGAAUAUUGCGAUGUUAUGAACAUAAACAGUACAAAAAUGGAUUAAAAUUUGCUAAACAAAUAUUGUCAAACCCAAAAUUCACAGAACAUGGGGAAACGCUGGCAAUGAAGGGUUUGACCCUUAAUUGCUUAGGGAGGAAAGAUGAAGCUUACGAAUAUGUUCGUAAAGGACUAAGAAAUGAUUUAAAAUCUCAUGUAUGCUGGCAUGUGUAUGGAUUACUGCAGAGAUCGGACAAAAAAUAUGAUGAAGCUAUAAAAUGCUAUCGUAAUGCUUUGAAAUGGGAAAAAGACAAUAUCCAAAUUCUGAGAGAUUUGUCUCUUUUGCAAAUUCAAAUGAGGGACUUGGAAGGGUACAGAGAUACAAGAUAUCAACUUCUGAUGUUACGUCCCAUUCAAAGAGCAUCGUGGAUUGGAUAUGCUAUGUCUUUUCAUUUACUUGGGGAUUAUAGAAAUGCAAUGAGUAUAUUGGAAACUUUCCUAGAUCAACAACAAAUUGUUAACAGCUUUGACUAUGAACACAGUGAAUUACUCCUUUAUCAAAAUAUGGUGAUAAGAGAAUCAGGCGAUCUCAAAGAGGCUCUAAAACAUUUAGAAAAUAGUCAGACUCACAUUGUAGAUAAGUUAACGCUCAAGGAGACCUUUGGAGAGCUCUUCCUUCGUCUGUCGCAAUAUAAUAAGGCAGUAAAAUGCUACGAUGACCUGAUCAGAAGGAAUCCGGAGAAUACUGGUUACUACAAGAAGAUGAUCGAGGCCAAGCAGAUCACCAGUUCAGAAGAAAUUUUGAAAUUUUAUAAGGAAUAUAAGGAGAAGUAUCCGAGGUCUAGUCCACCAAAGAGGUUACCCUUGGUCUAUGCAUCUGGUGAACAGUUCAAAACGUUAGUAGAUGAGUACAUGCAGAAGGCUCUAUCCAAAGGUGUUCCACCCCUAUUCGUGGAUCUCAGGUCCCUUUAUGAGGAUAAGAGUAAGGCAACCAUCAUCGAAGAGUUAUGCUUAGGUUAUGUAGAAUCGCUUAAGAAGUGUGGGAAGUAUAACGAAAAGUCAACCAAUGGUCUUAAGGAACCUGCAUCGGCUUUGUUGUGGGUUUACUAUUAUUUAGCACAGCAUUAUGAUUAUUUUGGCCAGACCGAAACAGCUUUGAAAUAUAUAGAUGCCGCGAUUGAGCAUACUCCUACGUUGAUAGAAUUGUAUGUUACCAAAGGAAGAAUACACAAGCACGCGGGCGAUCCCCAAGAAGCCUAUAAGUGGCUGGACGAAGCCCAACAGCUGGACACUGCAGAUCGUUACAUAAAUUCGAAGUGUUCCAAAUACAUGCUUCGCGCGAAUAAAGUGAAAGAAGCCGAAGAUACUUGCUCAAAGUUUACCCGAGAGGGUAUCUCCCCUAUGGACAAUCUGAACGAGAUGCAGUGCAUGUGGUUCCAGACAGAAUGCGCUUUAGCCUACCAAAGAUUGGGAAAAUACGGAGAAGCCUUGAAGAAAUGUUACGAAGUUGAUAGGCAUUUUUCGGAAAUUAUCGAGGACCAAUUCGAUUUUCAUACAUACUGUAUGAGGAAGAUGACGUUGCGUUCUUACGUUGGACUCCUUCGGUUGGAGGACGUUCUACGGGGGCAUCCUUUCUAUUUUAAAUCUGCGAAAUGCGCCAUUGAAGUGUAUCUACAUCUGUUUGAUGAACCUUUGAAGGAUGAGAGUGCGGAGCAAGAAUUGAAUACUGAAAACUUGGCACCUUCCGAACUGAAGAAAUUGAGAAGCAAGCAGAGGAAGGCCAAGAGAAAGGCGGAACAGGAGAGCGCUCAGGCCAAAGAGGCGCAGAUCAAGAGGGAUCAACAUCACAAGUCAAGGCAGCAAGGGGACGUGGAAGCGGACGCUCCCCAGUUGGACGAAUUGAUACCCGAGAAACUGGAAAGGGCCGAUAAUCCUUUGGAGCAAGCCAUCAAAUUCUUGCAGCCACUACAGACCCUAGCAAAUGAUAGAAUAGAAACGCAUCUGAUGGCUUUCGAAGUGUACUAUAGGAAAAACAAAGUGCUCCUUAUGCUGCAAUCCCUGAAAAGGUGCUUUAGGCUCGAUCCAGAGAAUCCCAAAUUCCACAGCUGCCUGAUCCGCUUCCACAAGGUCUGUACCGAGAACAAGAGCAGCUGGGAUCCGGCCGUCAUCGAAGUUGUAGAGAAAGAAACCAAAGAAUUCUUCGGAGACAAGAACGCCAAAGUUCUGAACGCAGACUUCCUCCAACGGCACUCGAACAGUUUGGAGGCCGCGUUGGAGGGCGCCUCCAUGAUGUAUUUCCUGGACGAGAAGACCCAGAACGCCGCGAUAAACCUGGUCACGUGUUUGGACAAUAACAAAUACACCGAUAUUAAUUUAGAGAAUUGCACCAACGUUUUACAUUCGUUAAGAAAGGGUGCGUUCGGUAGCUGUGAUGCCCAAAUAGAGGAAUACAUCAAUAAGUGCCAGAAACGUUUUCCUUACGCUGCUGCUUUCAAACCUCCAGUGCAGGAGACGAAGCAAGUGACGCCAGAUAGCAAUCAUAUAUCACAAGAUGAAAACUGCCACAGUAACUGAUGUUUGUUCAAGGAAGUUUCAAAACGCCAGGUAGCGGUUCGGAGAUAUACCAAUGACAUGAUUGUUGAAUCUUGCUAUUUAUUGCAGGUUUGAAUAAAAAAUUAGGGUUUGCUUUCGAUUCUGUAAAAUGAGAUUUGGGAAAAGAGGGUGGAUGAAAACCGUGCGAAAAACUUCUCGUUAGUUUCAAUAAGUGAAAAUAUCUAUUGACUUGUUUUAUUCCUUCAAAUGAUCAUCUCGUUUUCAAGAUCGAAACCAGGCCUUUGGAAUCGCUUUCUGGUAUUGUGUAGAUAUGAUAUUAUUUCAAAUUUUUCUUAUUUAGUGUCAAAGGACUGAUAAUAAAUCUAUUCUCCAAGG